AUGUCAAAUGCGCAUGCGCGGUGGUCAAUCUGAUGUGAAAUAAAAAACAACAACAACGUUAUACUUGGAAUAUGAGUAGCCCAAUAGCUUUGUUUACGGUAACAUUAACCCUGCUUGGUGGCAGGGUUAAUGUGGGUGGCCUCCCAUACACUUAUCUUCAGCCAAGACAUCACCAUGGAUUCAAGACAGAACCCCAGUUCAGCGAGAAGUAUUUCCCUCAGACUGUGGACCACUUUAACUUUAACAGCAUGGGGAACGGGACAUUCAAUCAGCGAUACUUGAUCACAGAGGAGUUCUGGAUAAAAGGCUAUGGUCCUAUCUUCUUCUACACUGGCAAUGAGGGAGACAUCUGGGAUUUUGCGUCCAACUCUGGAUUCAUCACAGAGUUGGCUGCUCAGCUCAGAGCCUUAGUCAUAUUUGCUGAACAUAGGUACUAUGGCAGAUCUCUGCCAUUUGACAAAGACUCAUUUAGCAUCCCUCAGAUAGGCCUGCUGACAGUGGAGCAGGCCCUUGCUGACUAUGCUGUCAUGAUCAGGGAGCUAAAGCAGCAGCUGGCAGCUACAGACUGUCCCGUCAUCGUGUUUGGUGGAAGUUAUGGCGGAAUGCUGUCGGCCUACAUGAGACUAAAGUACCCAAACAUGGUGGCUGGAGCUCUGGCUGCCAGCGCCCCCGUACUGUCCACUGCAGGGCUGGGAGACUCCGGACAGUUUUUCAGAGAUGUUACAGCUGAUUUUGAGAGCGUUGCCUCUGAAUGCAGAGAUGCUGUGAGAGGAGGAUUCCAUCAGCUGAAAGAAUUAGCCCGACACCAAGAUUACAGUCACAUCCAGUCAGAAUUCUCCCUGUGCAAGCCUCCAUCAUCUGCUCAGGACAUCCAGCAACUUAAUGGGCUGCUGAGGAACGCCUUCACUCUAAUGGCCAUGCUGGAUUACCCCUACAGCACUCACUUUGGGAACAUGCCCGCCAACCCAGUCAAGGUGGCCUGUGAAACCAUGCUGAGUGGACCUGAUCUGCUCUCCAGCCUCAGGAACACUGUAGGGAUUGUGUACAACUCUACCGGGCUGCUGCCCUGUUUUGACCUGUACAGUCUGUAUGUGAAGUGUGCUGAUCCCACUGGCUGUGGACUGGGUCUGGACAGCCUAGCCUGGGACUAUCAGGCGUGCACAGAGAUUGAUCUGUGCUAUGAGAGCAACAAUGUGACAGACAUGUUUCCUCCCAUGGCCUUCACCGAGACAGACCGCCAGCUCUACUGUGCCAAACGCUGGGGUGUGGUUCCACGACCUAACUGGCUCAAAACCCAGUUCUGGGGUGACGCCCUCUCCACAGCCAGCAACAUCAUUUUUUCCAAUGGAGAUCUAGACCCAUGGGCAAACGGAGGGGUGCGCAAGUCUUUGAGCUCAUCAUUGGUAGCCCUCAACAUUUCUGGAGGAGCCCAUCAUCUGGAUCUGAGAGGAUCUAAUGAUGCUGAUCCAGAGUCAGUACUCAGUGCCAGAAAGACAGAAGCAGAGCUCAUCACACAGUGGGUGAAGAUGGAGCGGAGCAGAUUACAGCGGUCGCUUUAAAAGCACAGUCCAACUUCAGUGUCUGGAACUGGAACACAGAGGUGGACUCACUGUAGAACCUUUCCAGUCCUGUCUGCAUACUAAGUGGGUGUAGAACAUGUAGUGUGUUCAAGAAUGUUGUAUGUGUAAAGAUUGUAAAGUCCUCUGAGGCAAAUUUGUAAUUUUGGGCUAUACAAAAUAAAUUGAACAUGAACGUUAGUUUGUGCAAGACAAAGCACAACAGACAUGGAGGAAAAUCCAAAUGAAUCAUGACGUUACAGGAAAAACAGAUACAUUUGGUCCAUUUUGGCAUUACAAAGAAGGCAUAUGACAUAAAAACGGUUCAAAAACCCUAAAUGUUUGUUACAAUCGCUUUCUAUUCUCAGUUAAGAAAAUGGAACCAUUAAAAUUUGGUUUCUUACUGGCUUUCUGGAAUAGUCGAUCAAGCGUUUAUUUUACACCGCGUGGCAAUGCAUAUUGUAGGUUUCAAAUAAAAAUAUUUAAAAAACA